AUGGGAGGGUACAUUUUUUGUGUUUUUUUACUUGUCAAUGCGCUUGCAUAUGCUUACUUUUACAUUAUUUCAGUGGAUUUUUGCACCCGUGGCGCUCAUGCCGACUCGCUAUCGCUAGUUGACUUCACACCACGUUACUAUCCGAUAACUGCCACCAUUGCGGAUGUCGGUCACUCCAUUUUCGGGAGCCACACACCCCCGCUGCACCAGUCUCCUGGCGGUCAGACAAGCUGGCUAUCGAGACGCAGAUUUCACGCCGGUCCUCGACUUCACUGGCGAGUGAGCCCUAGUCGACGGCGGCCCUUCACUGUGACGUCGACUUCACCUGCGCCUGCAGCAUUGGCAGUGUCUAGUGCAAUAGGUCUCAGCGUAGAUUCUAUUUGCCACACAAGCCCUGAUCAACGAUUAGAGAAGGUACUAGACUAUGGAAUAAGUUGCCCAAUGGCUAAUGUGGUUUGUUGUAACAAAAGCGAAGGUCAAAUACAUCUUGUUCAAGUCAGUGGAAAGCAUAGCCCUGGACUUGCGUCCUAUUCUCACAACUUUGCUCAUUCCCUCUCGCCCGACCCUGUUUCUUCUCUGUCUCCCUCGGGUCUUACUGGCUGGCUACGCCGGUCUCUAGCUCGGUUUGCAGCUAUAGCUGUAGCUGGCUCGUCCAGAAAUGAGCAACAGUUUGGAAAGUCUAGAAAAUCGGCGUUACAAAGCACAUGUGAUUAUACUGGAAACCAACCAAAAACACCAGCUUCAGGAAAGGUUUGCUCCUCAGGUAGAUUUAUUUUAUGUUUUACUUUUUUAGUUUAA